UUGCCAUACUUAAAAUCACUGCGCAGUUAGUUUGAGGUAAGGUUUGUAAUGGAUCGGAAGUUUGUUAUGUCUUACCAGGGAUUUUGCUAUAUUCUAUUGAUGGUCGGAGUAUUACCGUCCACAUGUUCUGAAUGCAAUGAGGAUAGUUGUAGAGAUGUGAUUACAAUGCCGUUAUUGGAUGAUAUGAAAGCUACUUUAAAGGCUGAUUUAGAUGUAACAAAUAUGAACAAUCAUUUGAAAGCAUACAUAGAAAAACAGAUACAGAAGGGUGUUGAAACAGCAAUGAAAGAUGUUAUGAAACAGCUGAUUGAUAACAAACUAGAAAUGGCCAAUGCUACAAUAGAGGCAACAAUCCUUUCAGGGCUUGAACGAUAUGGUAUAACCUAUAUCAGAUGGGGAAGAAAAGGUUGUCCUGAUGGUUCUGAACUUGUUUAUACAGGUCAAGCUGGUGGUAAUCAUUAUAAUCAUAAUGGCGGUGGUGCAAAUUAUCUUUGUCUUCCAAAUGAUCCCGAAAAUGGAGAACCCCAAUCAUAUGACAAUCCACAGCUUUAUGGUGCUGAAUAUGAGAUCUUUGAUCGGAACCCACGCGGAAUGUCGAGCAUAUUGGGUAACAAAGAGGUUCCAUGCGCAGUCUGCCAUAGGAAGCGGAGAUCUUCAGUAAUAACAAUCCCUGGAAGAAAAACCUGCUACAAAGACUGGAAUGUUGAAUAUAAUGGAUACUUAAUGGCUGCUCAUAAUGUUUACAAAAGGACUGAUUACGCAUGUAUCGAUGUCAAUGCUGAACAAUUCGAUAAUAAAUCAGCCUCUGAUGAAGAUGGUGCUCUCUUCUAUCCAAUCAGAACCAGCUGUGGUAGUUUGAGGUGCCCUCCUUACAAAGCCGAUGCAGACGUAUUUUGUGUAGUAUGCACUAAGUGAAAUACCGAUUAGAAUAGAAAAAAAUCGGAUACUACAUGUAUUAUGCAAAAUCAAAAUUAUGUUGUACUUGUUUAACAUGCUUACAUAUGGUUAGUUCAAACUCGAAUGUACAUAGAGAUUGGGUCUUCUUUUAUUGAAAAGGCAAAUUACGAUAACAAACAUAAAUUAAGAAAUCAUGGUAAUUAAGGUAGCACAAUACAAAGAUUUUUUUACUUCCAAUCACUAACCUUUGAAAUGCUGUAACUUUCUUAUGAACGCAUAGACAAUAAUAAAAGAGGUAUAUAUAGAUAGAUAAAUGAUUAAUCUUUUGAAUGAAUGCAAUACUUUUAUUAUGCAAUCAUUAUGUAAUCAAUUAUUAUGCAAUCAUUAUGUAAUCAAUUAUUAUGUAAUUAGCGGCAAAAUCUAGGUGAGUUCACUCGAAUGAAUUUAGCUCUAUCAUCUCUUUAACUAUACAGAAAAUUUUAACGCAAUCUUAAUCAACACAUCAUGGGCUUCAAAAGGGUGUCUUAGAUUGUCUCUAUGGUGUUCCAUUCUCUCAUCUCUAAUUAGUGUAAACAUCCUAACCACAUAAAAGAAGAUGAUGUUUAAUUAGGAAUAAAACUUGUUCUAUACAUUCUAUCUGAAAUCUGAGACACCUUUUUGUAGAUAAUGGCCAUAGGAACAACAUACAAUAAAAUCAACCCUCUAGGGAUACCUAUGCAGAAGCUAAUUUCAUUUGAAAGUGGAAAUUUGGUGAAAAAUAUUUUAGACACAGUUAACAUUAUAAUUGGUUACAUAAUUGUUGCGUAAUACUAACAUUGCAUUAAUUUGAAAGAGUAAUCUGUUAGCUAUCCAAAACUACCACUGUUUUUAAAUUUUCAAGCAUUAUUAAGAAAGUUACAGCAUUUUUUAAACUUGGGAGUUGGAGUUAUAAAAUCUUUGUAUUGUGCUACCUUAACUAAGAACUAUCAAACAUGUACUUACACUUAUCCUUUGUUAAAAUAACUAACAAUCGUAACGUUUGUAACAAGAUAAGUGAUUAAAUUAAAAGAAAUGCACAAAUGAAUAAGGCUGAACGCUUCUUUCUGAUAGUUUUGACAUUUACAUUAUUAAUUUCACAGAAUAAAAAGAAACUGAAUAGAUAUACAAGAACAAGGAAACAAAAAUAUAUUUUAGAAAGUACCUACUCAUACCUAAUUAACUAGUUUUUUUUACUAUAAAUAAAUCUAUAUUUGUUAUUUUGAAUUAGGGAUUAAACAAAACAACGAUUUCAUUUAAAUUUAUAUCUAGAAAAAAAGUAUUUUCUCAGCCAAAAACCUGAAUCCAUUACAAACGUUGGAGCUUAAAAAAAAACCAAAAAAACUAAAUUACUGCUAAACCCAGACACAGAAUCAGAAAUAGAUUAUGGGGUUUCAAAUGACGCGAAUGAGUGUCUUGUUCUAGUAAUAAAGUCAAUGAUUUUGACAUUUCAAACAUUUGAAACAAUGUUUUAAUCCUACCUAUUUACAUAUGAAUAAGCAGAUGUGAGGUAUAUAUCAUUUAGACAGCAAUCAAACAACAAAAAUAUCCAAAUGACAAACACAUGUGUUCAGCAAAUUUAAAUAACAUAUCAAGUUGGUGUAUGAAGAGGACUUUUCUGUAAUCAGCUUCUUCAGAAGGCUCUUUGCAUAUAUUACAGAUGCAUAAAUGCUGGGGAUCUGUUUGAAUAAAGGAGACCUUGAUAAAAGACUAGACAAAAAACCUGGCAGGUCUUCGUUGCAUGAAUGAAUUGAAACCAAAGAUUUCAUUUAAUUUCUAAUUUUAUUAAUCAUAAUUUUUAGAAAUGUGUGUUAGAAAUCAUGUAAAUGAUGAUAUACUGACUAAUGAGCUUAUUUUAACGAAUUAGCCGCAAUACACUUACUUUUAAGUUGUUAACAUUACAUAUUGUAACUUCAUAUGAAAAUUACGCUUUGUAUGCAUAACGUCUCUUGUCAGUAUAGUAAACAGUUUGAAAUAUACACACUACUUUCUCUAACCCCCAAAACCAUCAGCUGUAUCGACCUUGUGCUAGAAAAUAGUCUCAUAAAUUUGGUUGCCUGAUGAAUAAAAUUGAGAAUGGAAAUGGGGAAUGGGUCAAAGAAACAACAA